AUGACACACAUGCAGGAGAUGGAGAUAGAAGCACAGGCUCAUGAAGCUCAUGAAAGAGGAGAGAUGGAGGGACAGAAAGACUAUGAUGAACUGAGACUGAUGGGGACAGAAGUGAUAUUAAACAUGACUGGGCCAAAACGGACAUGGCAGCAGGUCAAAAUCAAAUAUAAGAACAUUCUUCAGAAUGCAAUGAAAAAGAAUACCCACAGCAAAGGCACGGGUGGUGGGUCACCAAAAGCUGACCUCACCCCAGCAGAGGACCUAGCCUUGGAGCAUAAUAAUGGCAGGCCCGUGUUGGAGGGGAUCCCUUGGGGGAAAGAGACAGGCAUAGGUCCCUCCCAAGAUGCCACCCACUUUAUACAAGCAGCACUUGUGCUCAGGAGAGCCUUCAGGCGAGAAAGGGUCUUCAGGGACCGGUUGGACCCACUGGCCUUCCCUGAUGACCAUCUAUACGAAAGAUACAGGUUUUCUGCAGAUGGCAACAGGUAUCUGUGCAGACUGCUGGGUCCCAGGAUUAAGCACCGCACAGCAUGGAGCCAUGCACUGUGUGUGGAGCAAAUGGUUUGUGUGGCCUUGCGCUUUUUUGCAAGUGGAGCCUUCCUGUACUCAGUGGGGGAUGCAGAACAGCUGAACAAGGCCACAAUUUGCUGCACAAUAAGGAGUGUGUGUCUGGCUAUCAAUGCUUUAGCAGAAGUCUUCAUCUCCUUCCCUGGCCACAGAAGACUCUGUGACAUCAAAGAGGAGUUCUAUAGGAUUGCAGGUUUCCCCAAUGUCAUUGGUGCAGUGGACUGCACACAUAUAAGAAUAGAGGCCCCCUCAGGUGCCCAUGAGGCAGAUUUUGUGAAUAGGAAAUCCUUUCACAGCAUUAAUGUUCAGAUGGUCUGCAAUGCUGACUGUGUGAUCAGCAAUGUUGUGGCAAAAUGGCCUGGCUCAGUCCAUGACUCCAGAAUCUUUCGGGCCUCUGAAAUCUAUCAGCGCCUAUCACAAGGUGAGCCACACAGCCCCUAUUAA